UUCUUGUUAUUUCCUGCAGUCUUGCUGGAUGGGCUGCUUCUAGAAAUGUUGAUCCCAAAUCCGCAAACAUUUCUAAAUAAUUGUUUGCUGGAGCCUGGAGGAUCGCAGUAGGGAGUCGUAGGAGGAAUGGCCGGGAACAUCGUCGUGGUUUUUGACUUUGAUCGCACGAUAAUCGACGAUGACAGUGACAGAUGGGUCGUGAAAGAGAUGGGCCUCACGCAGAUUUUCAACGAGCUUCGCUCUACCUUGCCUUGGACACCUCUAAUGGAUACGAUGAUGAAAGAGCUCCACUCGCAAGGGAUUAGGACGAAGGACAUUGCAGAGUGCCUGAAAAAGGUCUUAUUGCAUCCAAGCAUCAUUGCAGCUAUAAAAUCAGCCCAUGCUCUAGGAUGUGACUUGUGGAUAAUUAGUGAUGCUAAUAUGUUUUUCAUUGAGACAAUAUUGGAACAUCAUGGUAUAUUAGGAUGCUUUUCGCAAGUCAAUACAAACCCAACUCAUGUGGAUGAAGAAGGACGUCUUCAUAUCAUUCCAUUCCAUAAUUCAAGCAUGGCUCCUCAUAAUUGCCAUCUCUGCCCUUCAAAUAUGUGCAAGGGUUUAGUGAUUGACAAAAUCCGAGGUUCUUUACCUGAGAAAAAGAGGAGAUUGAUCUACGUUGGAGAUGGAACAGGUGAUUAUUGCCCAACAUUGAGGCUGGAGGGAGGUGAUUUUGUGAUGCCAAGGAGGAAGUAUCCUCUGUGGAAUCGGAUUUUCAGUAACAGAGAACAAGUUAACGCGCAAGUUCAUGAGUGGAGCAGUGGGGAGGAGUUAGAGGGCGUCCUAUCGAGCCUUAUCAAGAAAUUAGCAGUAGACGAUGCUGUUCGCGAUUCUUGUUUGGUGUACUCAUCUGAGUGCGUUGAGAGUGCUCAGUUCUUGAGUCAAGAUGCAUUCUCUCAGACUCUUCAUGUUCCCAUCUAGCAAUUUUAAGAUUCAUCCUUGUUAGAUGAAGGCUGUUUAGCACUUCUAACAGGAUAUACUAAGAACUUCUAGAUAAUCCCCCCUUUUUCCUCCCUCUGUAGUGCUUUCACUUGAGAAUGGAGCAUUGGCAGGCCAUUUAAACAAUUAUGGUAAUAUUAAAAAUCAUAAAAGGUAUAUAAGAUGUGGUGCAUGCAUUGUUA